AACUCACGCGACAGUUGAAGAAAGACUUUCGUAGUGUACGGAUCUCAACUCUGAUCGUUUUUCCCGGCAUUUUUUUGUGUCUCCCUCAUACUUUUCUCCUCUUCGCGAUCACCGCGGAAAAGCAGGAAGUUUUCACACUUAACAAGUUUAAUUCACAGUGAAAAAAAAAUUCAAUUAUGAUUUUGUGAGGAAUUCGGCGCGCGCAUUUUUCUUCCCUCCAAUUUAAUCCGCGUGUGUUUAAAUCCUUUUAAUUUCCAACAUUAAAAGAAAUAACUGCAGAGGCUUAAUUAGGUGAAUAAUAAAAAAAAAGAUUUGUGAGAAAAACCUACGAAGGAGUGAAAAUCAAUCAUUUUCCGUGUGAAGUUUUUCCUGACAGGGAAAUCUAAAGAAUUGUGCCUUCUCACGCGUGAUUUUAGUGCAAUUUGUGGUUUAUUCUUAAAAAGGAAAAAAAAAUUACAAGAAGAAACAGCCGAAAGUGUGGAAAAAUGAUGGAAUUUUGGAAAUACCUCCUCCUUACCAGCAUAGUUGUUGGAUUAAUAGCACCAGGUUUGACCAAACCCGCAGAGACGAAGGAGCCAAAGGACGAAUACGAGGAUGAAUAUGAAAUGCAAAAAGACGACGGAGAUGACUACAAUUACCCCGAUGAGGACAACACGAGUGUGGAUAGAUCCCAAAAUACAGAAUAUAACAGCGUUGGGGGGUUAGAACCUUUGCUGGAAGUUCUGGAGACAGACAUGGAAGUUAAACCCGGAGAAAGUGCUCGAAUUGUUUGUCGAGCUAAGAACCUUUCAAAUAAAACUGUAAUUAUGUGGUACUUUGAGGAGAAUCUAAUUGCCAUGGGUCCGAGUUUGCUAAUCACCAAUGAUAGGAUGCAUCUAAAACCAAGUGAACAAUCGAUUAUGAUUGAUAAUGUCCAACAAAGUGAUGAAGGUGUCUACAUGUGCAAGAUUCUUCCUCAUGAUCUCUCAAUGAGGACCAAAUUAAUCGUUUCCAGAUCUCCUACAGUGAGGAUUUAUGACAACAUGCGUGACGUGAGCGGAAGUUCACGAACUUAUCGUGAAGGAGAUAAAAUCACCCUUGAAUGUCGCCCAAGUGGAAAUCCCGAACCAACAGUCACAUGGUCAUCCCAUGGGGUUCGUCUGGAUCGUAUUUCGGGAGUUAAGGUAGACAAUGGACGGCUAACUAUUGAGAGGGCAGAGCAUCAUCAUGCACGCGUCUAUCAAUGCCUCGCGGACAACAGCAUUGGCAAACCAGCUCAUGAGAGUGUGACCAUCAAUGUUCACUAUGCUCCCAAAGUCUCAACCCAUCGACAUGACGUUAACACCGGUGAGGGCUACGAUGCCGAACUCUUUUGCAACUUCAAGAGUGAUCCCGCUGGGAGGAGUAUGUGGCUACGCAAUUGGAAUCCCCUUGUGGAGGGUGGCAAGUACAGUAUGUCGGAGGAGCAGCACAAUCAUCACAACAGUUCCCGGUUGAUUGUGCGAAAGGUCAACAAAAGUGACCUCGGGGUGUAUCAGUGCCAAGUUGAGAAUCGCCUUGGGAGAGAUGCUACAAAUAUUUCCCUCAUCUACGAACCCGAAACUGCGCAUUUUGACGGCUACGAACUCCAACCGGAGCACAUUGUAAUCUUCAAUUGGACCGUACGUAGCAUUCAACCACUAUCAGAGAUUUCGCUGUACUACCAGAAGAGUAAUGACAAACAGUGGAAAUCUGAAAAGCCAAUUGUGGCUGAAAAGCACAAGGAACACUCUGGAGUUUGGAUUAUUCAGCACCGCGUUAAACUAUCACCUGGAACGUGGCAUGCUAGGGUUAAGUCCAAAAAUACCGAAGGCUGGUCAAAGUAUUCAGAAGCACAAAAUAUUAAUGUCCCAAUAAUCUAUACUGACAGUGAAGAUCAACUUUUCGAAAAAUUAGAUUCAACGGAAACAAGUGGAGGUUCAAGGACAUUCUCCAGCGGAUUCCACACCAGUUUACCCACAAUCUUUGUGGCAUGCUUGCUUUUCUGUGUUCGAUGGACCUAAAUUAUGGGAAGCCUUCAGUAUAUGUAUGUAGUUCAAAAAAAAAAGAAAAAGAAAUGAAGAUGGAGAGUUAAUCAAAUGAGAUACCAGAAAUACUAAAGCGAAAAUUUUAUGGAGUUAAAACAAAAUGUGUAAGAAGCUUAAGAAUCUUCCUUUUUCGCGUGAGACUAUCGAAGACGUUUAAAUGCCAUAAAAUUACUUUCUCUUCUUAAGAAUACACAGACACACACACAGAUAGAAUGUAAAAGAUUUUAAGCGAUUGAGCACAAAAAUUGAUCUAUAUUUUCUAGUAGUAAAACAAUUUUUUUUCAUGUAAAUUAUUUUGAUAUUUAGGAAAGAAACAAAUGUCUGUUAAGUUCUCUUGGGGAAAAGAAGAAAAAUCCCCCUGAGAUUUCUUUAAAUUUCUUAUCAUUAAUUCUCUUUUUUUUAUAUAAAGUGUAAGGCCAAAGUUAUUCUUACUAUGUUAUAUGAUAAAAUAAAAAAUAGGCAUUGUAAUUUAUUAAUAAACAUAUAAAUGAAAAAAAAUAAAUAAAUAAAGAGCAUUACAUUUUGCCUUCGCACAGAGAAAAAAAAAUAUUGAGACACUGUGCAGCACAUUUUUGCUUUUAGAAUGUGAAUGAAAUAAUUUUAAAGGAUGAUUAAAAGACAAAAAAGAAUAUUUAGGUUUUUCGAAAAAGAAUUUGAACAGCAAAGAAAUAUUUUUAAGACUUUGAAAAUCAGAUGAAGAUCGAAGAGUGAAAUGUUGGCAACCAUAAAGAGAUAGAAAAAAUUUUUUUAAGUCAUAAAAUUCACUUUAAGAUAUUAUAUUUUUAAUUUUUUUUGCAACAUUUUUUUUUUAAUAAUAACAUUGAUAAGAAUAUAAAUUUUAAAAUUUAGCUUCGUAUCCUUGAGUUUUUUCUCUCAUUUUUCUUCUAAAAAAAAUUGUGCUGCACAAUGUAAACAAAGAAAGCUGAAGUUGAUGAGAAAUUUUUCAAAUAACUAAAUUUAAAAAAAUAAAUCUCUCAAAAGAUAUUUUCUAAUCAAAGUUGUAGAAUUGACAAAAACAAAUCUCAGCUAAAUUGAGCUGGAGACCAAAAAAAAAUCUAAGAAAUUAUCUUUGAUAUAAAAUUUUUGAACAAAACUUGAGUGCCUAUUGAAAAAAAAUUAAAUAAAUGAAAAUAAACCAACUGAAAGAAUGUCGAAAUUAAAAAAAAAUAAAAGAGGCAGAAGUCUCUCGUAUUUUGUGAAGAAUAUUUUACAGACAAAUCGAAUAUUUUUUCAGACUUUUCUUCAUUUUCUCUGAAUGAUUUACUUUUAAAGGCAAAACGUGGCAUUAAAAUAAAAGAAAGUGUACUUUAAUGAAGAUAAAACGUGUCAUAUAAUAAUUUUAAAAAGAAAAAAAGAAUAUUUUGUAUAAUUCUUUUUCUUUGUGAAAUACGUGUAGAAACAAAAAUUGCAGAAAAUUUAGAACUUUUAUAUAAAUUUAUGCAAUUUAUGUGAGGAGAAAAAGAAAUCCAAUUUAGUGUUAGAAGGAUGAGAAUUGACAAAUGUUUCUUUGUAUUUUACAGACUCCUUAAAGUCUUUUAUUUACUAAAAGAAAAGAAAUGAAUAAAAAUGAAAAUUUCAUCAUUUCAUUUGUUUAAAUUAAAUAAUUUUUUGCUCUUUACUGUCAUCAUUUGUACAUAUUAGUUAAAAAUUCUAUAGUGACAACAUUCAAGUAUAAUAUUAUAAAUUAAAUUACAAUUAAAAAAAACAUAUUAUUGCAAAUAAGAUAAAAGAAUUCAUAAAAUCGAGCAGGUAGAAUAAAAAAAAAACAAAUUAAAAAUUAUAAAAUUCAAAAAUUGCAUUAAAAAUGUAUUUCCGGCUGACACAAGAAAAAAAGUAAAUUAUAAUAUUCUAUGUAUUUCCGAUUGAUGCGUUCUAAUCGUACAGAAUAAAUAGACACACACGCAUGAAAGAAAAUGAUGUAAUAGGAGAAGAUUGUAGAGAAAGAGAAAGGAAAAAUAAACAGAUAUUAUACAAGAAAUCUAAUAAA